CUCUGUUCCAGUAUUCUCAUCCCGCGCGUGUGACUUUGAAAAUUACGGGGGUGAUAGAUUCAGUACUAAUCAAACUGAAUAUAGCGAAAACUCUGAUACAAAUUUUAACAAUUCGUCAUAUCUUGGCACAUCGUACACCGAUUCCUCUUAUUAUACGGAUUCUACUCACACCCACACCGACGACGAUGAUGAUGAUGACAGAACAGUGAGCGGGUUAACAAUUUCAACGGAGGACAGUAAUGCGAGAUUGUACUUGGAUACGGGUAGUAGUAUAUAUGAUGAGUUUCCGGGAAUUAGUAGUUAUCCUGAAGACACAGAUGAUUUACCAGAUUUACCUUUGAGACGUGAUUAUGGUGGUGUCACAACUGAAAGUGAAAGCGAGAUGUGA